AUGGGCGAUUCACGCCUAAAUCAUCUUGGUAGCGUUCUGGAAUCUAAGAAUAGCACUUUACGCAAAGAAGCUGCGAUUGCAUUUGGAAAAUACUGUUUAUCAGAUAGCAAAGUUGCAGAGGUUUUAUUGAAAUACAUUUGCUCCCCUUCAUGGGAUGCACGAGUAGCAGCCGCGGAUGCACUCCAUGCCUUAUUAAGAAAUAUGGGAACUUUCAGUGGGAAGAUAGAAGAUGUUCCAGUCGCUGCAUCGUUACGAGAAAUCAACGCUACAUAUGUGCUUAAGACUUUUAAGCCUCUAUUGAGGUAG